AUGGCGACGGCGGCGCGGAGCGACGGGGCUUUACCACCCGGAGAAGGUGCAGUGGUGGAUUGGUCAGGUCAGGGCUUACAGAAAUUAGGUCCAAAUUUGGCCUGCGAUGCUGAUACACAUACUUUGAUUCUUGAUAAAAACCAGAUUAUUAAACUGGAAAAUCUUGAGAAAUGCAGAAGACUAAUACAGUUGUCAGUUGCCAAUAAUCGGCUGGUUCGGAUGAUGGGUGUGGCCAAGCUGACUCAGCUCCGAGUGCUGAACCUGCCUCAUAAUAGUAUUGGCUAUGUGGAGGGGCUGAAGGAGCUACUAUACUUGGAAUGGCUGAAUUUGGCAGGAAAUAAUCUGAAGGCUAUAGACCAGAUCAGUAACUGCACAGCUCUACAACACCUUGAUUUAUCAGACAAUAACAUAUCCCAAAUAGGUGAUAUUUCUAAACUCACAUCUCUUAAGACUCUCCUGCUACAUGGAAAUAUCAUCACCUCUCUUAGAAUGGCUCCUGCUUGUCUACCUCGAAACCUUGCUAUCCUUUCCCUGGCAGAGAAUGAAAUACGAGACUUAAAUGAGAUUUCUUUCUUGGCAUCCCUUUCUGAGUUGGAACAAUUAUCCAUCAUGAACAAUCCCUGUGUGAUGGCCACACCUUCCAUUCCAGGCUUUGACUAUCGACCAUACAUUGUUAGCUGGUGCUUAAAUCUCAAAGUCCUAGAUGGAUAUGUGAUUUCUCAAAAGGAAAGUUUGAAAGCUGAGUGGCUUUACAGCCAGGGCAAGGGAAGAUCAUAUCGACCAGGUCAGCACAUCCAGCUGGUCCAAUAUCUGGCAACUGUUUGCCCUCUUACUUCUACUCUGGGCCUCCAAACUGCAGAGGAUGCCAAACUGGAGAAGAUACUGAGCAAACAGAGGCUUCAUCAGAGACAAUUGAUGUGUCAAAACCAAAAUGAAGAAUCUUCAUCUUCAACUACUAGUGAAACUGAGAUAGCCAUUGCACCGGAGGCCUCAGAUCCAACUUCAGGGUGCCAAAUAAGCCUGGAAAGUGAACCUGUCAUUCAAGUAAAUUCUUGGGUUGGGGCAAGUGCCCAUGAGGAUCACUUAUAUGCUAUUAAGAGCAACUUGUCAGCCUCAGUACAGACUGCAAGGUUUUCUCGAAAUGACCUACACCUAGAGGAUAUACAGACAGAUGAAGAUAAACUGAACUGUAGUCUUCUCUCCUCAGAGUCUACUUUUAUGCCUGUUGCCUCAGGAUUGUCCCCAGUAUCUCCUACUAUUGAAUUGAGAUUACAUGGUAUAAACUUGGAUCUGGAAGAUGAUGGCACCGUGAUUGAAUCCCUGAAAGAAAUGAAAAAACCAGAUGUGGACAAAGAAGUAGAAAAGGCUUUGAGGGUUUCAAAAGAGAGUUCAGUUAAACCAGAAAAUAGUGAGGGGAACCCAGAGACUGAUGGCAGAGUUGGAAUAUUGCUGCACCCUGAGCUGGUCACAGCAAGUGAAGUCUCAAGGGAUUGCAUUAGUCAUUCCCCCAAGGCCUUUGCUGGGACAGGGGGAUUCAGGCUUUCUAGCACACAGUUUGUUAAUCAAGACACAUUGUCUCAAAUCAUUUCAGAAAAACUUCCCCACAGGCUUUUACCUGAGGGAUCUGUUGCUUUGGACAAAGAUUCUGCCACACUUCGAAGAAUGAAUGAAGCUGCUACCAAGCUCCAGGCCUGCUGGAGGGGAUUUCACAUCAGGAACUACCACCCCCAAGCCAAAGAAGUGCGCUAUGAAAUCCGGCUGAGGAGGAUGCAAGAGCACAUUGUUUGUUUAAUGGAUGAAAUGAGAAGAUUGAAAAAAGAAAGAGAUGAAGAGCAUAUUCAAAAGUUGGUACAGGAAGAGGCUGUCAGAUUCCUUUGGAACCAGGUGAGAUCGCUACAAGAUUGGCAGCAGACAGUGAACCAGCACCUCAGCUCUGCCUGGCAGCCUAGUGCUCCUGUGUCAAGUACCCUGUUGUCUUCCCAGUCUUCUCCCUCCUUUAUCUCAAGUCAGGAGCCCUCUUCGGCCUGUGCCUCUGACUGGUUUAUUUCAGAUGCUGAAGCUGCUCCUGACAAAGUCCUAAUUGAAUUUCCAGACUCCGGCUUUCACUCUUCCCUCACAGAACAAGUUCACUUGCAGUUUUCAUUUGAUUCUGAAAGGAGUUCCAUGGGAGGCAGUGAGAGCUCUUUAAUGGGGAAUUCCAUUGAAACAGUUAGACAUUUCAGAGAAUCAGAUACAGGCGAUGCCAGUGAAGAGUACAAUGAAUGGAAUAAAGAGAACUCUAAUACAGCGAGCUCUAAUAAUGAGCAGGAUAACAGUCUUCUUGAACAGUAUUUAACUUCAGUUCAGCAGUUAGAAGAUGCUAAUGAGACGGCCGGUCUGGACGAUGGCAUAGAAGACAGAGGCCUUCAAAUUACUUCCGUUCCAAGUUCUUGUGUCUCGUCUGACUCUGCUGUUGCUGCGGAUGUACCUGAUGACAAAGUUACUCCUUUGCAAGAAGAAACCAGUCAGACAUCAGAGACUUGUAAAUCAAAUGCAGAAGUUCAAGGUCAUCAGUCAGAGUGUGACUCUGCAUUUCAGGUGCUCCCUGUUGGUAUUGCUGUGUAGGGUGCCCAGUGCCAUGGAAAACUGAGGAAUUAUUUAAUUCAUUCUAGU